AUGGCCCCACCAAAGGGUCCUGGAGGGUCAACCAUCACAGCCGGCUCAGAGGUGAGACUUAUAAGCAGCCUCUCCAAGGCCAUGCGCCUUUGUUUGGGCCAGGGCGGCUGGGUGCCUCAAAUGGAAGCAACACUCGGCAAGGUCGGCGUCGUGGUGGAGGUGCUUUCUUCAGGAAACUUGCGGAUCCAGUGUGGCGGCUCCCUGCGGCCGUACAUCUAUCCGCCGGCCCUCAUUGCUGAGCACCUCAAUGCACAAACGGGCUUGCCCCUCUUCGUGCUAGACCUUCAUCCACACAGUUUGGUACGGCUGGAUCAUGACGGCCAUUGUGCCGUGUGCAGACGACCGUUUGAAGGGACCAGAGAGGCCGAGAGAGAUGGGAAGGAUACUUCGCAGGAAGAGGAGGCUGCAACAGACGCGCCUCAAGAUCCUGCAGCCUUCCUCUCCGGGCCAGCAGACAGAGGCCAUACCAAUUGGCCCCCUUGCGGCGGCAUCACGGCCUGGAAGCGAGCAGCUACUUCCUUGGACACUGUCCUGUUGAAGGAUCUUAGCAGCGAUGGCAGUGUGCUGGUCUGGAUGGUGACACGGGGCCACCCAGCCCAGUGCAAGUUACAGCACGGCCCGGGCAGUAAAUGGCUCAAUGCAGUCGUUGUGGAGACGCUGCCGAACUCGAAGGUUCGCGUGCAUGUUCCGAUGGAAGAAGUUCCGGACCAGGAGCUGGAAGUGACCUCUCCAAAGCUCAAGCCGACCCGAACGGAGGCAGUUCAGUCAACCGAGAUGGUAGAUGAUAGCGCAAGCGACAUGACAUGCAGAACGACAAUCGCGGGAGAACGCGCUGAUUGCACCAAGUCUGCUUUCCACAUGGGUUGCGGGGGACGCUCUUUGGCGAACCUGUCCGCUGCUCUGCCGAUGACUGUAUGCUUGCACCUCAGACGCUUCGCAGCCUGGAGGCUGCAGGGCAUGCGAGCAGGAGCCCGGAUUCCUGAUGGUGAGGAGCCGCACCGCGUGGUGGCAUACUUCUGCCCCCGCACGGCCUUCCUGCUUUGCGAGAAGUGCAUAGAGGCAAGGCGCCAGAUCUUUCUCAAGUCACAGUGCCAGGCUGAGAUGCAUGGUGGAAUCAUGGGUGAUCAUGGAAGCCUCAAGGCCACGAAGCGUCAUGAAGGUCGCUGCAAAGCGAAUUCUUGGUCUUUGCAGCCGGUCGCAGCAGGUGGUGCUGUCGCCCUGGCUCUUGAUGCAGCCCGUGCCAGCUUCGACGUGCUGCAGUUCUCCGCCGUUCAGGGAUCACCGGGAGCCACCUGGCAGCCAAGGCAAGGCAUGCCAUUGACUGCAGCUCCCCUGAAAAGGGGCAAGCAGGGGCGCCUGCUGGUCAACGUGCCUUUCGAGUCACGCAGCCAGCUGGAUGAGGAGAGUUCGGAUGCUUACUCCAGCGCUGCACACCUCUAUGAGCUCUUCACCGGACGCAGCAGAAAGCCGGAGCCCACCGAAGAGGAGGAAGACGAUGACGACUGGCGUGAAGCUGAGCUGGUAGAGGAGGAGCAGGAGGCUGUGCAGGUGAAGAUGCUCCAUGGUGGCAUCCGACUCUCUGUGCUGAAGGCCUUGUAG